GAUCCAGACCACUUGUGUCGGCAAGGGGCCGAGGCCGUGGAGGUUUUCGAGGAAGAGGCAGAGGAUACGAUUCUGGAAGCUCUCACUUCAGAAUCGGCGCAUCAGCUGAUAUCGAAUUUGAUCCAAAUGAUGUUUUCCAGAUAAGACGUCCUGAGACAUUUUCGGGCGAUGCAGAAGUUUUGCAGAAACCAACAGUCCUUGGUGGUUACUCGGUGGACUCUGAGAGGGAUUUUGGCCAUGACCGAUCCAUGCUGCACUUUCUAGAUACCAAGUAUAUAUCCGAGAAAGGAAAAAUGAAGGUGAGUUUAGACUUGAAUAAAGGCUGGGGCAAAUUCAACAGAUAUACAGGAAACCAAGAAGAAAGCUUCCAGAACUUCUUGAGAUGGAUCAUCAACAAUCAGGAGUGUGUCAGUGAAUCUUCUGACAGACUGACUGCAGAUUUUGUAAGUGCCAGGGGUAACUUUACAAAAAUGAUGAGGACCCCUUACAAUUUUGUAUCGCCUUGGACUAUGCAUGCUACAGAGUUCAAAGGGUCUGUGUACAUUAUAAACUGGCCAACAGAAGAAGAUAUGGCUGAGAAAAACAAUGUAGUUAUGGAUGAUGUGACUAAAUGGGGCCACGUAUUUGAGCAUUACAUGAGAGGAGGUAUGGUAGACUUGCUGUAGUGAGCAGAGGCUUGA